AGCUUCUCGAAUGCUAUUAGAAACUGUCCCAUAAGGCCGUGCUAAUCAAAAUUCCCAAAUUUGUGGGCAAAUGCUAUGAAUACGGAGGCAUGUUCCGUAUCUGUUCUUCACCUUGUGUGCUAUAUUUUAAAUGGCUUUUAUAUUCUGAACUGUUAGGUUGAUCUCUCCUGUGUGGGCCCAACGGCCCACCGGACCCCUGAUCCGCGCCCUAAUCGGGGGCGCCCAACCGCAAUAUGGUUGACGGGCCCCUGCCACGCAGCGCUACAUAAAGAGGUGGGGGCCGGCGGCACGCAGUACGAGGUUCACCGCGUUGCCAGGCUCCCCACCGAAAACCCCGACCCGAUCUAGGUCUAGCGCUAACAGUGACGGGAAGCUCCGCCGCCGCCACUGCCCACACACCGCCGCCAUCCACUCCCUGCCAUCACCGGCCACCGUCACCAUGGCCGACACCGGGAGUUCCUCAUCUGCACCUGGAGAAGGAGGCUUUCACUUGAUGAGUUGCCUAAAAGAAGUUCCGACACUCAGAGGUGACAACCACACUGAGUGGAGGAAGAAAGUUGAACUGGCAUUUAUUUGUGCUGAUCUUGACUGGGUUGUGGUGAAACCACAGCCGGUCAGACCCAUAGAGCCAGUAAGAGAGGCCAUUGAUGAUGAUGCUGCAUGGGCUAAAAAGAAGGGGGAUUAUGCUCCUUUGGAGCAGUCCUACCUCAUAGAUAACCAAAAGUGGGUCAAUGCAAAUAAAAAGUGCAUGGUAUUUAUAAAGAAUACAAUUGAGAGCGCCAUUGUGGGCUCCAUUGCAGAGUGCACUUCCGCAGGGGAGUUGCUUAUAAAGAUAAAGAGCCAGUUCACUGGCUCUUCAAAGAUCUAUGCUACCCAGGUGUUAGAACAACUGGUGACAGAACGCUACACAGGUGGUAGUCAUGGCAUAAGAGAGCACAUCCUCAGGAUGAGCAAUAUGGCAGCAAAGCUCAAGCCCAUGGAUGCGGAUCUGGAGAUCAAACCAGCGCUCCUGGUCCACCUGGUCAUGGCUUCACUGCCAAAGGAGUUUGCAACUUUUGUUGUAAACUAUAAUAUGUCACCUGGAACAUGGGACAUUGAAAAGACAAUAGCAAUGUGUGUCCAAGAAGAGGACAAACUCAAAGUCGCACAUGGUGGUUCACUCAACUAUGUGAAGGAUUACAAGAAAAAGAACUACGGUCAAAACAACAAAAGUUCUCCUUCAAAGAAUGGAAAAGCCCCCUAUCAGCAUCAGCAUCAGCAACAGCCUUUCUCAGUGGACAAAGACACCUGUCUCCACUGCAAGCAGAAAGGGCAUUACAAGAAAGACUGCGCUGCUUGGCUGAAGUCAGUCAUGGAAAAAAGAGGGAUUCCAUUCGACGCGAACUACGCUAAGAAGCGAAAGACGCAUUGAAGUGGCAAACGGAGUUGAAGCUGUCGGUGACAUCUCCUUGGAGUUAGCUGGCGGAUUCAAUCUUCUACUUAGAGAUGUUUUAUUUGUUCCAUCGUGUCAUAGAAACUUAAUUAGUGUUUCUUGUUUGGACAAAGAUAAUUAUGAGUGUUAUUUUGGACAUGGCAAGUGUGCCAUUUGGUAU